CAGUUGACAUCGAAUGAAAAUGGCGUAGGAGAUGUUUUCAGUGGUAGUUUAAUGUUUUUUGUGUUUUUACCUGGAAAAAUCACCGCUUUUCACUGUAAAAUCUACCCCAUUUAGUGCAUUAGGAGAUUGGGCAGCAUCGAAACCGAGCAACGAUGGAGGACGAGAAUAUCCAGGACAAGGAGAGAUUCGCCAGCAGGGAGAAUCACUGUGAGAUCGAGAGACGACGUCGCAACAAGAUGACUGCCUAUAUCACGGAGCUGUCGGACAUGGUGCCCACUUGCAGCGCCCUGGCGCGCAAGCCGGACAAGCUGACCAUUCUCCGGAUGGCGGUGGCGCACAUGAAGGCGCUCAGGGGCACCGGCAACACCAGCACUGACGGCACGUACAAGCCCAGUUUCCUCACCGAUCAGGAACUCAAGCACUUGAUCCUGGAAGCGGCCGACGGGUUCCUCUUUGUCGUAUCCUGCGACUCCGGAAGGAUCAUUUAUGUCAGCGACUCGAUAUCUCCGGUGCUGAACUACAGCCAGAGCGAGUGGUACGGAUCUUGCAUCUAUGACAAUGUCCAUCCGGAUGACAAGGAGAAAGUCAGGGAGCAAUUGUCAACGCAGGAGCCCCAGAACAGUGGCAGGAUUUUGGAUUUGAAGACGGGCACGGUGAAGAAAGAAGGACAUCAAUCUUCCAUGAGACUCUGCAUGGGAUCUCGACGUGGCUUCAUUUGCCGAAUGCGCAUCGGGAAUUUGAACACGGACAACAUGGCCACGGGCCACUUGAAUCGUCUGAAGCAGAGGAACUCUCUGGGCACCGCGAGGGACGGACGCAAUUAUGCCGUUGUGCACUGCACUGGCUACAUAAAGCACUGGCCGCCAACUGAUAUGUUCCCAGGCGUGCAGAUGGACCGUCCAGUGGACGACGAGUUCAACACUGGAAACUGCUGCCUCGUGGCCAUCGGACGCCUCCAGGUCACGUCGACAUCCAACCUGUCGGACUUGUCGGGAUCGCAGAAUCAAAAUGAAUUCAUCUCGCGCCAUACGAUGGACGGAAAGUUUUCGUUUGUGGAUCAGCGCGUGAUGAAUGUUCUGGGCUACGCUCCGACCGAUCUUCUGGGAAAGCUGUGCUACGAAUUCUUCCAUCCAGAGGAUCAAAACCACAUGAAAGAGAACUUUGAGCAGGUUCUCAAGCAGAAGGGACAAAUGUUUUCAGUGAUGUAUCGCUUUCGGUCGAAGAAUCGCGAUUGGAUCUGGCUGAGAACUCAAGCUUACGCAUUCCUGAAUCCUUACACUGAUGAAGUGGAGUACAUUGUGUGCACAAACAGCUCGGCAAAAUCUCUUCAUGCUACGCAAGAGAAUGUGACUCCAGAUCCCACAGAACAGGCAUAUCAAGCGCCCGGAUUGGAUUAUUCUCUCCAGAACAGGCGAGAUCCACCAGUUGUCAGCGGUGUUUACAAUCCUCACGAGAUGAUUCCUCACAUUUCCAAUCAAAAUAACAUUCAGCGUCCUGGAAGCACGCAAACAACGGCGGCCGCUUACAGUGGAUACGAGAUGUCUUCGUCGCCUGUUGGGUAUGCUUCUCCUGGAGCUCCGGCCAGCUCUAAUACAGUAUUAGGACGCAUUCACAAGAAUAAUACGACAUCGCCCACUCCAGCGCCCACAGCUUGGCCCAUCCGGCAGCAACCCGUCACUGAGGGAUAUCAAUACAAUCAGCUGAGUCCUUCACGCUCUCCCAGUGGUCCGACGUACACUCAGCUGAGCGGAGGAAACUUGCGGCCUAACUAUCAGACCGCUGAGCCUCCGCACGCGAAUACGAAUCUUUGGGGUUGGCAGGCGCCCGGACAGCAGCCUGAGCCGCCGGGACCCAGCUCAACGACCGCCACUGCGCACACGGUCUCUAUUGUGACGCCCAACAAUCCACAAGGCCAGCCGCAGGGGCAGGAACUCUCCGAUAUGCUGCAGAUGCUGGAUCAGAGCGGCACGACGUCCUUUGAGGAUCUCAACAUCAAUAUGUUCACGACGCCCUUCGAGUGAACGCGAGACUCUCUCACCGGAUGAACAUCUCCACUCGAGGCUGGGCGCAUUUUAUUCCGAGAGUACUUAAGUGGAAUUGAUUAUAUUGAAGCCCUUCUCUCUCAAUUAAAUGUAAGUUUAAAUGCAUUUUAAUAUGUUUGGACAUCUUGAUUUCUCUAUAGCUAAUAGAUGAAUGGUAGUUAAGAAGAGGAAUUAUAAGUAUAAUUUUUGCAAAUUAAGUGUAGCUAGAAUGUAAGAGAGUGAGAAUAUAAUUGAUCAUAAGAUUUAGAGAAACGAAAUCGUUGCAAUAGCUAAAGUGAGUUUUGUCAAAUUCCACGCGAUUUAUUUAAUAGAAUUUCUAUAAUUAGUUUUUACAUCUAUAGCAUAAAUUUACACACAUACACACAGAAUUCAGUAUAAUUUUCCCAGCACAUAAUUUUCAAGCAUUUGACGAGAGAGAAAAACCGCACGGAUUUUCUUUGAUUUUCAAAAUAUAUUUAUGUACGAGCAGAGAUACUGUUACAAAAAUAAUAUAAAUUACAUUUAUGGAUGAUCCUUUUUAAGUUAAAUACAAAAACGUAAUAGUAUAA